AUGUGGCGCGAGGAGGCACGUGAGCAAUUGCGGCGGGGCCGGUGUUGUUUUGCCGCUGCGAGCGUCGUUUCAACUGCCAAGCACAACAAAAGCCUUGGGAACUGCACUCACGGCUCAGGAGUCAUGACGGAGGCAGAGGGUAUUCUGAACAACGUGUGGGAUGCGGUGGACAGCAAGCAGCAGGGUUUCAUCUACGCGAAGGACAUGCCAGAUUUGGUUGGUCGGUUCGGGCAGUUCCUUGCGCAGAGCCUGACGAGCCGGGCGAACGACGAGGCGAUCGCUGCUUUUGCGAGCGAGAAGCCGUUCUACAAGCUGGACAAGGAGCAGUUCAAGAGCACGUUCCAGACACUGGUGGGAACGAGCCUGCAGACGGCGGUGGAGCUGGCUGGGCACGGGGAGCCGCGGCCGCGGUUGUUCGGGGCGAUCCGGCGGGCGAGCGCGACGGGGGACGAGCAGGCGCGCGAGGAGCUGGAGCGCAAGAGCGCGGAGCUCUCGCGCGUGCGCGACGAGCUUGACGAGUGGAAGAGCAAGUACCAAUUCUUGGAGCGGGAGUUCCUCUUCUACCAGACGCACCACGAGAACUCGGUGGACUCGACGCAGCACGAGUUUAUCAUCAGCGAGAUGAAGCGCACGAUCGAGGAGCAGACGCGGAUGAUCGGGCAGCUCCGGCGGCAGGUGCAGGGGGGCACGCAGGUGCUGGCGCGGGCGGGCAAGCGCGCGUCGCCGGUCGACGUGUUCAUGUACGUGUCGCGGCAGGGCCUUCUGUUGCUCAUGCGCAUGCCGAAGGCGGCGUUUCUGCUGCUGCUGCUCGGCUACUUUGUGUGGUACACGGUGAUGGGCGGCGCCGUGCAGGGGCCGGACCCCAGCGUCGCGCUGCCGGAGCCGCCCAAGCAGCCGUGGUGGGAGCAGAACAACAUCAUCAGCGCGCUCUACUGGUAUCUGACGGACACGUUCGAGCCCUCGCAGCGCAUUAACGACACAGUGAACGAUAAUUAUAACUCUCUGUUUGGAUUAUAA